AUGGAGUCCAAUAACGAGCAUUUUCGUCAUAUUUUACUUUUUUAUUUCCGCAAAGGAAAAAACGCAGCGCAGGCUGCUAAACGUGACGUACAUGGCGAAGAAGCCUUAAAAGAAAGACAGUGCCGCAAUUGGUUUGAUAAGUUCCGUUCUGGAGAUUUUUCACUAAAAUAUGAGCAACGUUCAGGUCGGCCAUUGCAAGCUGAUAAUGACCAAAUCAAAGCCAUAAUCGUUUUGGAUCGUCAUAUAUCUCAGCGGGAUAUUGGAGAAAAGUUGAAAAUACCAAAAUCAACAAUCCACGAUCAAAUAAAACAUCUUGGAUUCGUUAAAAAGCUUGAUAUUUGGGUACCACAUGAAUUGAAAGAAAUUAAUUUAACAAAGCGUAUCAAUGCUUGCGAUUCUCAUCUCAAGCGCAAUGAAUUCGAUCCUUUUUUGAAGCGAAUAAUUACUGGUGAUGAAAAAUGGAUUGUUUACGAUAAUAUUAAGCGAAAACAUUCAUGGUCCAAACGUGAUGAGCCACCACAAACCACCUCGAAACUGAUAUUCAGGAAAAGAAGAUUUUGCUAUCAAUUUGGUGGCAUUGGAAGGAACUACUUGGAUGGUAAAACUCUUAAGGAUGAUGAAACUGUGAAAUCGCACUUGGAUCAAUUUUUUGCCGAUAAAAACCAGAAGUUCUACGAGCUUGGAAUUAUGAAGUUGCCAGAAAUAUGGCAGAAGGUCAUCGAACAAAAUGGAAAAUAU